AUGGCCUGCAAGAACUUGGUUUCUACAAACAUGGGAGUGAGAUUUCGAGUCCCGCUGCAGAAACUUCAUCCUCUGUCCCGGGCCAUCCAUCAUCGCUACUCGGGAAACGCAAAUGCUCAGCGCUCACCCCAUCGCACAGCAGCCCGUUAUUAUACCUCAAUGUCCCGGCUACCAAUGCGACAACCCACGCCUCCCCCUGGCUCCAAGGGCCGCAACUAUCAGCAGCAGCGGGACUUUUGGGUUGCCCGCCUGGCAGCCAGGUUACUCAAACUCCGAUAUAUUUUCCUCGGAACAGCUGUGGGAGGAGGAUAUACUGCUAAAAAGACCUAUGAGGAGUGGAAGGACAUGUUUCCUGAUCUUAGUGAAUACAACUGGGUUAUUCCUGAUUUCGUAUGGGAGCUGAGUGAACAAAUAGAUCUGGAUAAAGUUACCAAGGCUCUACCGGAGAUUGAAGAAAUAGCAAAAUUACUGCCUGAUUUUGACAAAAUUGGAGAACAGUUCUCUUUUCUGAAAAGCCUGCUGUCAUCUGGUGUGAAUUUGGGUAGUCAAGUCAAAGGAGCUUCUGGUCUGCAUCUGUUGUUAGAAACCACAAGUGAUCCGCAACUUAAUGCCACCGAUACUCAAACUACUGUCUUGCAAGAGUCUAGUGAGAAGCAAUACAAAAAGGGUCUGCUUGGGGAGCUGAUUCUUAUUCAGCAACAGAUUCAGCGGCACGAGGAAGAAGUCCGGCGGGCCGCUGAAGCCAGUAAUGCGCGUUCCCCUCCUCCAGAGCCUGCUCCCAUUCCACCUCCGAGCACUAUUCCCCCUCAACAGAAGCGAAAGUCAUCGGACAGAGAAAAGAUUGAUCAGCUUCAGGAAGAGCUCCUCCGCACUCAGAUGAAAUAUCAGCGCAUGUUAGAACGACUUGAAAAAGAAAACAAAGAGCUUCGAAAAGUCGUUCUGCAGAAAGAUGACAAAGGAAUACACCAAAGAAAAGUCAAAAAAUCACUUAUUGACUUGUAUUCUGAAGUCCUGGAUAUCUUGUCUGACUAUGACUCAAAUUAUAACACUCAAGACCAUCUGCCAAGAGUGGUUGUAGUUGGGGAUCAGAGUGCUGGGAAGACGAGUGUAUUAGAGAUGAUUGCUCAGGCUAGGAUUUUCCCUCGGGGCUCUGGAGAGAUGAUGACACGCUCUCCUGUUAAGGUUACACUAAGCGAAGGCCCACAUCAUGUGGCAAUGUUUAAGGACAGUGGACGAGAGUUUGAUCUGAACAAGGAGGAGGAUUUGGCAGCUUUGAGGCACGAGAUUGAGCUCAGAAUGAGAAAGAGUGUGAAAGAUGGACAGACGGUUAGCUCUGAGACAAUAUCUUUAAGUGUCAAAGGUCCAGGUAUUCAAAGAAUGGUGCUUGUUGACCUGCCAGGUGUCAUUAGUACCGUGACUGCUGGUAUGGCAUCAGAUACAAAAGACACCAUUUUUAGCAUCAGCAAAGCCUACAUGCAAAAUCCAAAUGCCAUUAUUCUUUGUAUUCAGGAUGGCAGCGUUGACGCCGAGCGAAGCAUUGUAACAGACCUUGUUAGCCAGAUGGACCCUCAGGGAAAAAGAACCAUAUUUGUCCUCACAAAAGUGGACCUGGCUGAAAAAAAUCUGGCCAGUCCAAGCAGGAUACAACAAAUUGUAGAGGGAAAGUUGUUCCCUAUGAAGGCAUUGGGCUAUUUUGCUGUAGUCACAGGAAAAGGAAGUAGUGCUGAGAGAAUAGACUCCAUCAAAGAUUAUGAGGAAGAUUUUUUCCAGAAUUCAAGAUUACUCCGGGAAGGGAUGUUAAAAGCUCACCAAGUAACCACAAAGAACCUGAGUCUGGCUGUGUCUGACUGUUUCUGGAAGAUGGUGAGGGAGUCCGUUGAGCAGCAAGCUGAUGUUUUCAAAGCAUCCCGCUUCAAUCUUGAGACUGAAUGGAAGAAUAACUACCCUCGACUCAGAGAAUUAGAUCGUAACGAGUUGUAUGAAAAGGCUAAAAAUGAAAUCCUGGAUGAAGUUAUUAGUUUAAGUCAAGUAACACCACAACUUUGGGAGUCUAUUCUACAAAAGAAAUUGUGGGAGCGAGUUUCAACCCAUGUGAUAGAAAACAUAUACCUACCUGCUGCUCAAACAAUGGACUCUGGAACCUUCAACACCACAGUUGACAUAAAGCUGAAGCAGUGGACUGACAAGCAGCUCCCUCACAAAGCACUAGAGGUUGCCUGGGAGACGCUGCAGGAAGAGUUUGCCCGCUUCAUGGCUGAAUACAAAGGCAAAGACCAGGACGACAUUUUUGACAAGCUGAAGGAGGCUGUGAAAGAUGAGAGUAUUAAGAGACACAAAUGGAACGAAAGGGCCAUGGACAGUCUGAGAGUUAUCCAACAUAAUGCACUGGAAGACCGUUCCAUAACAGACAAGCCUCAGUGGGACGCAGCCAUUCAGUUCAUGGAAGAAACCCUGCAGUCUCGACUUAAAGACACGGAGUCCGUAAUCCGAGACAUGGUGGGUCCAGAUUGGAAAGAGAGGUGGAUGAACUGGAAGAACCGCAGUCCAGAGCAGCACAUCCGGAAUGAAACUAAGAAUGAGCUGGAGCGCGUACUUAAACUCCAUGAUGAACACACGGCGUACUUGGCGAAUGACGAGGUGACAACGGUCCGUAAAAACUUGGAGGCCCGCGGUGUAGAAGUGGAUCCAGUGCUGAUCAAGGACACCUGGCACCAGCUAUACCGGCGACACUUUCUGCAAACAGCUCUUUCACACUGUAGUCUUUGCAAGAGAGGGUUUUACUAUUACCAGAGGCACUUUGUCGAUUCUGAGCUGGAGUGCAAUGACGUGGUCCUUUUUUGGAGAAUCCAGCGCAUGUUAGGAAUCACAGCCAACACUCUCCGACAGCAGCUCACAAACACUGAAGUGCGGCGGUUAGAAAAAAAUGUCAAGGAAGUGUUGGAGGACAUUGGGGAGGACUCCGAAAAGAAAACCCAGCUCAUCACUGGCCGCCGGGUCCAGCUGGCUGAGGACCUCAAAAAGGUUCGAGAGAUCCAGGAGAAACUAGAAGCUUUCAUCGAAGCCCUUCACAAAGGAAAAAUAAUAAGCAAGGAAACAGGUACAUCUGGAGUUCCCCACACAAUGCACUGA